ACACCCAUGCAAGAUUUGACCCCCUGCAAUCUUCCUCUGCUGACUUCAGACUAAGGCUAUGCACAAGGAAUCUAGGAAAUCCUGCACAGGCUAACCAGGGAUUGAACAAUCUCUCCUUACCCAUUGCAGGUGUUCAUUGCAGGGGCUGCAAGUCACACAGCCAUAGAAGGCAAUGAUGACAAAAGCUUGCUGGAUCCUCAAAUCCAUCUUCCUGCUAAUGCUGGCCACCUGUUCCCUAGCAGGACUCUUCCAUGAAGAUUGGCCAAUGAAGUGCUGCCAGUUAGGAUUAUUAUUGCAUACAUGGUGUGGCACAAGCAUAGAGGAAGAGAGAGUUUGCUUCAUGGACCUCCAGUUUAAGGGCCUGAUCCCACUCAGUGGGAGCAGAGCGGGGACCCCUCGUGCCACUGUCAACACCUGCACAGCCAUGAUGCUGGUGCUGAAUGGCUAAACUUUAAGCACUUAUUUUUCUUGUUUUAAAACACAAUGGAAUGCCUGUACAUAGACUCUGUUUUUCUAUUGGCUGGCACCAGUGUUGCCUGGGUGACGGCUGUGUGCAAACACUCUUUUAAGGAACCCAGAGAGCCAGCUGCUUAAUGAGCCCUGGGAAUCUGCAGGCUACAGGGGAUAGAGCAGAUCCCAGCACUAAGGAAAAACCUGUAAAGUGCAUUCAGACAGCUGGUGAUAAUGGAUGUGGGAGAUGAAGAUGCUGCCAUCAAGGAAAAAGCGCACAUUUUAAUUGAAGAUGUAAUCAGGGAUGCAAAAGAUCAUCUGCGAGAUUUGCAAGAAAAAGAGAGAGAAGCUGAGUACAUCAUCCAAAACAUUAAAUGGACCUCAUGCAAGGACUUUACAGUGGAGAGAGGACAGCAGCAAAUUGAGGAAUACAUGUCACAGACGUGGGAGUUUCAUGAGAGCUGGCUUCACUGGUCAGACUACCUCCAGGAAGAAGAACUGAAGUACAGCAGGAGGUACCAUUACCGGGUUCGCUGGAGCAUCCCAACAUGUAGGAAGCCCAUUCCCCGAGCAACAGCAUGCAUCUAUUUCAUCAUCGAGAUCUCCAAAAUUAAACCACCUACCUUGCCGGUUGAGGUAUUCUUCAUUUUGGAGUCAAAUAGGCUCAUUCACAGACCAGGACAGUGUCGGUUUAGAGAAAAGUGGCUCAAAGACAUCAUUGAAAACAAGAGGAUUCUCAUGGACAGCAUAACUUUCUAAACAAACAUUUGCUUCAGAUUAAAUCCAAUUCAAACGGGCACCUACAAUCUGUUGGUGUUGUAUGGAAAUAAACUGCAAUAGGCUUU